AUGUACAUCAAACCAGCUCCUGUAGAAAUUGUUGUGAACAAUGACAAUCUACCGUCUCCCAACGUUUCUGCUGAAGAAGAUGCACCUAAGCCACCAAAUAUUAAUGCUAAUGGUUCAGCAGUCGUUCCUUUAAAUGUGGAUGGUGGAAGUGCGACUGGUGAAGCAACUCCACCAGGCGGAUCCACCAGUUUGGUGGCGUCCAGCGUUUGUGGGGACAGUAAAAGGGCUAGUCUGGGCAAUUGCAGUGCAGGUGGAUUAUCAUAUACUGGAAGACUAUCUCCAUCUGGACUUGCAGUACGUUCUAGGCCUUCAAGCAAAAUGACCAAGUACGUUGAAUGCUGGGGCGCGGAUAAACCUUUCGCCAAUAUCACAGACUCCAGCAUGGCCAAAAAUAUUGGAUUGGCGAGCAUAGCCAUGAUCGAAUCUAAUUUAGAGCCAUCUCGCAUGUGCUGUUUCUGUUGUUGUGGAGGCAGUGGCUCCGACUGGUGCGGUCGUGGAGCACCCAGAGAGCUUAAGCCCUGUACAUUAAGAUAUAGAGUUGAAGAAAGGGAAUCUAUGUAUGCCACUCGUCGAGACGAUCUUUUCAGGAGGGAUGUUGCUUGUGCAUAUGGACUGUUUAUUCUGAUGGCUGCUGUAUUAUUACUUACACAACAGAGUAUUGUGAUUUGUGGAUCCUUGUUGGCCACCGCUGUUUCUCUAAGUGCUCUGCUAUGGCUCAGUGCGCAUGGGCCAAAAUCUGAUGAACUUCAACAUGGAGGCAACUCAGCAACUCCGAUUACUGCUCUAUGUGCUGGACCAGCAGAUAUAGUUGCAGCAAGCAGGUUUCUGAGGUUGGCUGUUUUUGGACUGAUGACCUCACUUAUUGCAUGUUGCGCUGCCAUUGGCCUGAUAAACUUCGAGGACAACACCAUAGAGCUUGUUAACAACCUAAAUUCUACAGACAUUGAAAAUAAUGAAUGGAUUCUAACAGAAAUGGAGAACUUUAAAAACGUACCGACAUAUCUGCACGCUUGUGCAAUCUCAUUGACAACUGUAUCAGUCUUCCUGCGCUCUGGAUUUCUUCUGAAGUUAUGUGUGAUGAUAAUUAUUGGAUUGUGUCAAUUGGCAGUUAUUGUAACCAGCGAAUUUGCUCAAAAUUACGAUGGUUUCUAUGACACAAGAAUUUGGUUAUGGGCUCUGGUGAUGUUCAUUGUACUGAUAUCUAUUUUACACACAUUGGAUCGUCAAGGUGAAUAUACCGCUAGGACAGAUUUUUUGUGGAGAGCAAAACUUAAGGUGGAACAAGAUGAAGUCGAAACUAUGAGAGGAAUCAAUAAAAUCCUUUUAGAAAACAUAUUACCAGCCCACGUAGCUCAACAUUUUCUUCGAAGUGCUAGAGUCAAAGAACAGCUCUACCACGAGAGAUAUGCCUGCGUUGCAGUCAUGUUUGCUUCAAUUCCAAAUUAUAAAGAAUUUUAUGAUGAAACUGAUGUCAAUAAACAAGGACUAGAAUGCCUGAGGUUGCUGAAUGAAAUCAUCUGCGAUUUUGAUAAGUUGCUCCUGAAACCCAAGUUCAGCAGUAUUGAAAAAAUCAAAACUAUUGGGAGUACCUAUAUGCUAGCUUCUGGGUUACGGCCAGGAAAAGAAGAAAGUGCUGAGGAAUUGAAACGUUCUGAAGAGCAAACUGUUGUGGUGCUGGUAGAAUUUGCCUGUGCUUUGUUUGCUGCUCUUGAUCAAAUCAACAGAGAGUCAUUUCAGAGGUUUCGACUGAGAGUCGGUUUAAACCAUGGACCAGUAAUUGCAGGAGUUGUUGGAGCUCAAAAGCCCCAAUACGAUAUUUGGGGAAACACUGUCAAUGUGGCAUCUAGAAUGGACUCAUGUGGCAUUAUGGGCAGAAUGCAGGUCACAGAAUCCACAGCAAAGGUGCUGAUGAGGGCUGGAUACAAUUGUGAGUGUCGUGGGCCUACUUAUGUAAAAGGUAAAGGUACUUUAACAACAUAUUUUAUCAAGACACAGCAUGAUAAUCAAUAAGAUUAAAUAAGCUAAUGAAUACAUAUUCUAUAAAUGUUUAUUUUUAUAAACUUGAAGGUACAAAUCGAU